AACGCCGCUCCUGCGCGCCAUCACUCCACUCGAUCGACCGCCUCCGUGUCCGUGCCCUACAGCUGGUCAUGAGCGCCCGCCCAACCAUGGCGGCGGCGGCGCCCGUGCGCGCCUGGGUGGUGGCGCUGGCGCUGGUGCUGGCGUGCGCGCUGCUCCAGCCGCGGCCGUCCGACGCCGCGGCGCAGCCCGCCCCGCAGUCGCCGGCGACGGCGGUGUCGUCGGGCGCCGCCAAGCCCAAGUGCGUGGCCGGCGCCAGGAACGACCACGCGUGCCGCGUCGGCGCCGUGCACGACCCGGACAGCCAGGAGGAGGAGGGCUCCAGCGUCACCAUCGACGCGCCCGCCGCCGCGCCCGACGACGUCGGCCACGACGACGGCAGCGACUACAACGACCCCGACGUGCCCAACAACGACCAGCUCGUCGUCGUCGGCCACUGAAAGCUGCCGCGCGCGCGCGCGCGCCGACCCGUGGACCAUGCGUGCAUGAAGAAGAAUGCAGGGGGUGGGCCUGGGCCUGUAACCUGUUAAUGGAUCGGAUUCUCGGUGCCAAUUCGUGAUCUUGACCGGUCUAAGAAGAUGGGGACUUGCGUCUUUGUUUCAUUGGUUAUUAUUUCUACUAGUGUGUAUAUGGUAAAGUCGUGUGCUGUGAACCUGCGAUCAUUUAUCCUCUGUUCAUUGAAUUGAAGCAAUCCCCUCUCCCGU